AUGGAAGAGGCAUCGAAGCUGCUUUCCAAGAUCGAGCUUGAUGAGUACACCAUCAAAGAGGUCCAAAAUGGUUGGGAAACGGUUGAGAAGCGGCUGGGAGGACCACGAGAAGCUGGUGAUUUGGUCUUCCGCCAGCUGAAGGACGCUGUGCCCAAAACCGAGGGCAUGCUGAAACGGUCCAGCACCGUGUGGCACCUACUUGAUGCGUUGAUGCAAGCUCUGAGUGAUCCCAAGAUCGUCCAGGACCGUUUGGAGUACAUUGCCCUGCGCCACAUGAAUGCCGACAUCACUCCGGCGGACAUCGAGGUCUUCAAAGGCAUCCUCUUGGAAGUUUGUGCCAAGAAGCUGGGUGGGCUCAUGACUGCCGAGUUUCAAUUUGGGCUUGGCCAGGUCGUCACAGCUGUCGGCAUUUCGUUGGCAAACACCCACGCGCACUAUGCGGACAGGCUUCGGCUUCUAACUGGCUGCUGGAAGGAGGUGAAUGCCACCGAUGAGGAGAAGGAGGAGGAGGAGCACGAGGAGGAAGGCCACGAUGAGAAGGACAAGGGUCAGGACACUGCUUCUCCGGAAGGUUCAUCGAAGGAGCACAAAGAUCAUGAUCCGAGUGACAUGGAGAAGGGCGACGACGAGCGCCACACGAGCUGGCAGGACAACUCCAACAUGAACAUCCCCAAGACCUUCGCAGCAAUGGCGCGUUUCAAUGCCUCAGUCAUGGGCAUUGGGGACCGCAUGUGGUUUGCCGAUCUGCUUUACUCCAUGGAGUCGUUGGUGCCGCACAUCGGCAACAUCGACCGUGUCCAGGAGGAGUGCGAUGUGCUUGCUUUGACCUUGGCCCACUAUGACAAGGUCAAUCUCAACGAGUUUCGCUCCGUGAUGUUCGCCAGCUUGAGGUCGCUUCUGCCCACCGCCUGGAGUCUCGAGCACGAGAACGCCUGGUCAUGGUUCUGGACUUGCGUGGAGAAGAAGGUGGAGUUGAUCCGACAGGUUCCGAUACGCAACCAGCAGUGUUUGAGAACGUUUCUCUCCCGCUUGGACGAAGAUGCCCUGGCCACUUUCAAACUCCAGGUCUUCGACACAUUCUUUUCAACUUGCGAGGAAUCUCAGCUGUACCUGCGGGCGGCAAACAAGCGCUUGCAGUACAUCAUGGGACGGGUGUUGAACAUCAUGUCCGACAUCUACACCAAGACGCACAAGGCGGUCAUUGCUAUCUCUGCGCUGGGCCUGCUACACGCGGGCCAUGGAGUUCCAGAGGAUUUGGUGCGCCCCUUUGUUGAAGCGUUCAUGACUUCCAUCAAGGAGGCGGUUCCGGACACGACCAUACAUGACGGGCUUUGGUGGACCUUGGACCUGAUCGGCCGAAUCUUCAUUCGGACCUUGGCAGAAGGCUCCACUCCAGUGAUUAUCGCCAUCAACAAGAACAACACCAAAGUGCUGAACACGGCCGUGUCAAAUGCACCUCGAGGGCAGCGCGAUGUGGUUUUGCUCCGUGUCCAGGUGGGCACCGAGUCCAUGUCGCCACUGGUAUGGGCUGUGGAGAAAGGGGCUUUGGAGUCUGCCGGGGCAAUCUUGAAGGACUUGCUCACCAUGCGUGCGGAUCGUGCCCGCUACUACUACGGAAUGGAAGCGAUCUGGAGCCGCCACCCAGACAUCAUCCCGCUGCUUUGCAACAAGGCACCCUCGCUGCUCACGACGGUGCUGGAUGGGUUGAUUUGGCGUUCCAAGAAUGUGAAGCAGGGCAUGCGGCGUGUGAACUACUACAUCAGCUCCAUGUUGGUUGGUGAUGAGGGCCAGCUUACCACUUCUCUCCUGGACCUGAUCAAACACGGAGAUCCUGAGAUCGUCUGUCACCCUUCUGCCGUUUUCCAGGCCGAUCUGCUGUGGACUCGGCUCUGCGUCCUGCCAUGGGCCAUCACCAAAGCAUGGUUCUGUGUGACCCUUAUCCUGUUCGUUGUUGCGGAGCAGAACGGCAUCGUAGCGCAGGAUGCCGGCAGCUCACAGCGAUACGUAGUUAUCGCUUGCCGAGCCGCCUUGUAUCUUACCAGUCUCGGCCAACUCCUGGUGAAGCACGGGGUCCAGAGUUUCCGGGCCCUUCGUGCCAAGAAAACCAAACGCUUCGUUUGGCGCUGCCACUUACCAUCCUACUUGCUGCAGUCCGGUCAGGAGAUGACGGAAGUGGUGCUUCUGAUCCUUCUGUUUGCAAUGCUUUGCUGCGAACCUGUACUGCACUGCAUGUCUGUCAGUGGCGAGUUGCGAGUGGAAUGUUGCGACUACGGGGAGUGGUACUGCAGCCUGGGUAGCUUCUACAACCGCCUUGCCGCCUUCCCGAUGCUCCUCUACUUCAUCCUGGCCUCCGAGCUGGUCCAUCUGCAUGUGCAGCUCUCCGUCUUCAGCGUCAUUUGCAGAAGCCUGUGGUGGGAGUUUCUCCUCUACAUGGCCGUUCUGGUCUUCUUUGCAGCUACAUUUGCCGCCGGAGUCGCGUGUUUGCCCCAGCUUGGUGGAGCUGAGUCUAUACAGAACCGGGACUUUGGGAACAUGCUUGCCGCCUUCGAAAACAUGCUGGCCAUGGCUGUCAACACCUACGGCAGCGGCAACUACGAGGAAAUUGCGACGGCCGGGGAGCCGAUGUUGCAGUGGUUCGUCAUGGCAUUUGCAGCCUGCUGGCAUGUGUACCUGAUGAAUCUCAUGGUGGCCCAGCUGUGCCAGCGCUACAAUGAGAUCUUCCACAAUGCACGGGGCAACGCCCGAUUGACGCGAGGCAUCAUUAUCUACGAAACAUCCAUGCCUUUGAUCUCCAAGCACCGCUGGGGACGUUUCGUGGAGUCUUUGCGUCUGGGGGAUGCUUGCGAACUGGAUGAAGGCGACACCGGCCCCAAAGGUGCUGUGCCCACGCUCGAGAGCCCGUACGAAUAUCUGCAGUAUCCGGCUGUGGAGCUGGAUCGAGUGCAGCGCUUCGGAGGGCUCGCGAACCCGUCACUUCCGUGGCCGAAUCUCGAGGAUGCCUUGGAUGACACUGCAGUGGGCCGCUUGGAGAGGCUGACGAUGACCAAGUUCGAGGAGAUGGACAGGCUCAUGGUGGACAUGGCAGUCAAACUUGGCGUCCGCUCGGCCAGCGCUUCCGGCGGGGGUUCCGGCGGUGGCACAGCCAUGUCCUCUGCACACGGCUCCAUGCAACGUGACCAAGACCAUGGACAGGGCCAUGCGGUUGAUGGCGACGCGAAUGGUGAGGAAGACCUGAGCGUGACCGAGCCUGACGAGCAAGCGGCCAACGAGCUCCCUCAGGAGGAAACCGAGCCUGCAGAUCUGUUGACAGACACCCCCCACGUCGUCAAGUGA